GGCGGCGGCAGUAGCGGCCUGGCUGAGGUGCUGAGACAGCAGCUGCGCGGAGCCGCCUGCUUCGUCCGCCGCCGCCUCGGCGCCCGCCGGCCGUCCGGCCAUGGCAGGAGCCGGAGGCGGCGGCUGCCCCGCGGGCGGCAACGACUUGCAGUGGUGCUUCUCGCAGGUCAAGGGUGCCAUCGACGAGGACGUGGCGGAAGCUGACAUCAUCUCAACUGUUGAAUUUAAUUACUCUGGAGAUCUUCUUGCAACAGGAGACAAGGGUGGCAGAGUUGUUAUUUUUCAGCGGGAACAAGAGAACAAAAGCCGCCCUCAUUCUAGGGGAGAAUAUAAUGUUUACAGUACCUUUCAAAGUCAUGAACCAGAGUUUGACUAUUUGAAAAGUCUAGAAAUUGAGGAAAAAAUUAAUAAAAUUAGGUGGUUACCACAACAGAACGCUGCUCAUUUUCUACUUUCUACAAAUGAUAAAACUAUUAAAUUAUGGAAAAUAAGUGAACGGGACAAAAGAGCAGAAGGUUAUAACUUGAAAGAUGAAGACGGACGACUUCGAGACCCAUUUAGGAUCACAGCACUGCGGGUCCCAAUAUUGAAGCCCAUGGACCUCAUGGUAGAAGCAAGUCCACGACGAAUUUUUGCAAACGCUCACACAUACCAUAUAAAUUCUAUUUCCGUGAACAGUGACCAUGAGACGUAUCUUUCUGCAGAUGACCUGAGGGUCAAUCUGUGGCAUUUGGAGAUCACAGACAGAAGCUUCAACAUCGUGGACAUCAAGCCCGCGAACAUGGAGGAGCUGACGGAGGUGAUCACGGCGGCCGAGCUGCACCCGCACCAGUGCAACGUGUUCGUGUACAGCAGCAGCAAGGGCACCGUCCGCCUGUGCGACAUGCGCUCCUCCGCCUUGUGCGACCAGCACUCCAAGUUUUUUGAAGAACCUGAAGAUCCGAGCAGCAGGUCUUUCUUCUCAGAGAUCAUUUCUUCCAUCUCCGACGUGAAGUUCAGUCACAGUGGUCGGUACAUGAUGACCCGGGACUACCUGUCGGUGAAGGUCUGGGACCUCAACAUGGAGAGCCGGCCCAUCGAGACCCACCAGGUGCACGAGUACCUGCGCGGCAAGCUGUGCUCCCUGUACGAGAACGACUGCAUCUUCGACAAGUUCGAGUGCUGCUGGAACGGCCCCGACAGGCUGUGGCCCUGCGUCAUCUGUAGGAGACCUGUGUGUCACAGAGCACUCUGGAAGAAAGGGACUGGCCAAGCCCUUCGGCACGAACACCAGAAACACUGUGCUGACACUUCCAGCUCCGUACAAGCUCAGUCGAGCACACAGGGAGGGAGCCCUCGGGGGGCGGGGGUGGGGAGGGCGCUAGGGCCCCAGCACCUCCACUCGCACGGUCCCAGGGUGGGACCGCCAGCCGUGGGCUCACACAGGCCAGGCAUUUGGGCCCCCUUGGGUCACAGAGACGCCGUCUGUGUUCCGUUGGGCUCUCGGAAUUCAUUUGCAGCUUUGGGUCGCGGUGGAUAAUAAUCCUGAGACUCUCGGCCAUGAGCCUGCCCUCCGUCACAGCCACGUGGAGUCUGGCUGCUGCGUGUCUGUCCUGAGGGCGGGGUGCUCUGGGCCUCCGCAGGAGCAACGUGGCCUCAGGUCGGGACUGCCCUGCCUUCGAACCACCGUGCCUCCCCGUAGCGUCUGAUGGGCGGUGGCUGAGGACGUGAGACUCCCGGGUCCACGUGGCUCACCCGCCCCUAGGAGUGAUGCAAGGGGCCCGGGCAGAUGCCACCGUGCUGUCAGCGGGCUGUGUCACCGCGGUGCCCAGAGCUUUCAGCGCAUGGUAAGCAAGCCUGCCCUUGGACCCCUGCAGACACGGGGCAGAGUGGACCUGGCAAGUGGACCAGGUAAAUGGCACCUGAGAGCCACGCUGGCAAAGCCUGCAGGAGCACGUGGCACCCACGGCAGAGCCUCUGCAGGCUCACCCAGGGCUCAGGGCUCCGGAGCUGCAGGUGGCGCAUGCGGGUGCAUCAGCAAAGACACCAGGGCUUCCCCUCCGAGAACUCAGGUCCUGAAAUCAGACGGCACGGAACAGGCAGUAAGAAAUAUUCCAGGUUAAAGGAAGGGACUGAACCCAGACAGGGCACCGCAGGCCAACGUGGCCUCGGAGAGGGACCGCAGAGCUCGGGGCAGAGAUCUGCUGUGGAGAGUGAGCCACACAGACCCCAGGACAGCUCAGGAAGAUGCCGGGGCAGGCGGCAGCCGGCACGGGUGCCUGGGGUGGGCGCUGGGGAGGCAUUAGGGUCUCAGGACACGUCACUCUUCAGGGCUUGGACUGGCGUGGGGUGGGCGCCUCAGCUUCAAGUGACGGUGCCGCAGGAGACACAGUGGUGUUUGACUGUCAGCAGUGCCUGGUGGGGACAUGCCGUUCUUACAUUCUUUUUCCUUUUUGGUGCCUCUGAGUUAAUACAAUGUCCAUUUAAUCACCUGUUCCCAGGAACUUUCAGAAGCUUUCCAGUAACAUUUACUUGUUCUUUCAUUCUCAAAAACACUCCCCUGCCUUUUUGCCGGGAAGUUUCUGUUGGAGGAUAGGGUGAGGUGCAGGGGGUCCCUGCUCUGUGCCUGGGCCAGGCUGCUGGGAGUCCGCUUACACCCACGUCUGGCAGCGUCCCCGCAGUCGAAAGAAGCCCGGCUGGCCAGGAGCUAUUCUCCUCCUGCGUGGAUCUUUUCUCUGGUGUGCAGUUUGGAUGAGGUCGAGCACACACGAAGGUGCUCGCCCACGGCCCAGACCAGCCUGGAGCUGCGCAGGUGAAACCCCAGCUUCCCUCUCAGCUCCUGGACGGUUGGGGACAGGAGGAUGGCUGGGCUUCCGCGCCGGGAGAAACCAGGCGGAGUCGCCCACAUGUCCGGCAGAGCUGGACUGGGUCAGGUUGUGGCAGCAGUUGCUGUCAUUCAGCAUCCUGCUCCCCUUGCUCUGGAGGGAGACGAGAGGCUUCUCCAGGACCAUCGGAAUCCGCCGAGGCGAGGUGGGCUGCGUCUGGGGGUCGCCGUGAAACGAGGCUCUGCUCCCACACGUCUCCAGGGACUUCUUCGACCUUGUUGACUUGUUGCUUCGUGUGAGGACACGUUCCGAAAUAACGGGUUUCUAAACACACUCUCUGACCACCUGUCCAUGAGGCUGCAGCGACAGGUCAGGCUAAUGUGGACCGAACGUGAGCACAGGUGUCAGCUGCAGGUCACUGACGCAGGACCGAGGUGCGGGCUUGAAAACAAAUUAACUUGUUCACGGCCUGGAAAGAUGGCACGUAAAGGACUGUUUUCAGGGGAGGUUACCUUUUUCAAAAAUACAUUAAUGUAAGUAAAAAGUGUGUAUCCGUUACCUUUUUUAUUCUGUAACAUGUUUUCACUGACGCAGUUAUAAAACGUCUGAAGUUCAGUAAGACGUUAUCUGUGCGCUUCUCUCCUGACCGGUUGCCUUUCCUGUCUCAC